UCGGCGAGGCUAUAUCCAUCCAACUCACCACCAGCUCGCGGCGGCGAUUUUCUACUGCGAGCAUAUCUUAUCUGCCCUAGAUACAGAUUGCACUUUCUUUUAGCCUGCAUAUAGCUCUCUAUAUAUUGAAGUUCUCGCCGUAGUCGUCAAAAAUAAGGAAUCUCUCUCAGUGUUUCGCUUAUUUAUAUCUCAGUUGCCUCCUCCGUCUCUGAUUUGCCUUGAUUAGUAUAUCGAUCUUGUUUUUCCUGGUCGGUUUCCUGAAAUUCUGGUUGAAUUGACCUGAAAUAUCGCUAGAUUUGAUACACGGACGCCUAUAAAUUUGUGUAAUUAAAAUCGAUACUACAGUAUAUAAUAACAGUAUAAGAUAUAUAAAGAGGUUUUGGUGGAUUCGGGAACCGCGAGAACGAUGUCGGCGGUGUCAGGAUCGGGGAUUCAUGUGCGAGGCGGCGGCAUGAUGAAGCCGGUCUGCGCGCCGAGCCAUCAGCUGAAUGUGGUGGCGGCUUUAUCCCGCAGGGUGAGGGUGUCACGUGCAUUUGCGUCGAAGCAUAGGAUGGUGAACCUGGACAACAGGUUUGUCAACGGCACGAAGCUGCGGAGCAGUGCCCGGAUGGAGAGGAUGCAGCUUUGGCAGGCGGACGGGCUGGGCCGUUCACCGAAGCUGCGGUUUGUCGCGAAGAAUUCGAUGUCUCAGGUGCCGGAGAAGCCGCUUGGGUUGUAUGAUCCGGCCUUCGACAAGGAUUCGUGUGGAGUCGGGUUUGUGGCGGAACUUUCUGGUGAAAGCAGCCGUAAAACGGUGACGGAUGCUAUAGAGAUGUUAGUGCGGAUGACCCACAGAGGUGCGUGUGGCUGUGAGACAAACACUGGAGAUGGAGCUGGAAUUCUUGUUGGCGUUCCUCAUGAAUUCUACAGAGAGGCUGCGAAAGAUGCUGGAUUUGAGUUGCCCCCACCUGGGGAAUAUGCAGUCGGCAUGUUUUUCUUGCCUGUUUUGGACAGUCGGAGGGAACAAAGUAAAAUUGUAUUCACAAAGGUGGCAGAAUCACUUGGGCACUUGGUUCUUGGGUGGCGUCUUGUGCCCACAGACAACUCAGGAUUGGGCAAGUCUGCUUUGCAGACAGAACCUGUCAUCGAACAAGUUUUUCUUACAGCCACUCCACGGUCUAAGGCCGAUUUUGAACAACAGAUGUACAUAUUAAGGAGGGUUUCUAUGGUAGCAAUCCGAGCUGCAUUAAACCUUCACCACGGUGGGGUUAGAGACUUCUACAUAUGUUCUCUGUCGUCCAGGACUGUUGUCUACAAGGGUCAGCUGAAACCUGAACAGUUGAAGGAAUAUUAUUAUGCAGAUCUUGGAAAUGAAAGGUUUACGAGCUACAUGGCCCUGAUACACUCUAGAUUCUCAACAAACACAUUCCCUAGCUGGGAUCGAGCUCAGCCAAUGCGGGUCCUUGGUCACAAUGGAGAGAUAAAUACACUUCGAGGCAACGUCAAUUGGAUGAGGGCACGUGAGGGCCUUCUGAAAUGUAAGGAGCUUGGCCUCUCAAAGACUGAGAUGAAGAAGCUUCUGCCAAUUGUAGAUGCCAGCUCUUCUGACUCAGGUUCAUUUGAUGGUGUACUAGAGCUUUUGGUUAGAGCUGGUAGAAGUCUCCCUGAAGCUAUGAUGAUGAUGAUCCCCGAAGCCUGGCAAAAUGAUAAAAAUAUGGAUCCUGACAGAAGGGCUCUUUAUGAAUAUUUCUCAGCUCUGAUGGAGCCAUAAUAUCCGAGAUCUUGUGGUUUUUGGUUCUUUAAUUUAAUGAAUGUCUUUUGUUUUGUGUUUAAUAUAUGGUGUGGAAAUAUUAUUUGAUUUAUAAUAUUGUUGUGGAUGUGGGAUUUUCUACCUAGCCAAAUUAAAUUUUGGUUUUAUUAA